AGGUCGGUGACAGCAGACAGAGGAGGCGCAGCGACGAAGCUCUGCACUUUUCAGCAGUGAUCGCUGUUGGUCUCUGGCUGCCUCAGCUGCAGUGCUUCCGAUCUUUAACACACGCACAAGACCGUUAGUGAGGAUGGAGCCUUUCUUCUUUCAGGGAAGCGCUGUACCAAGGUAGAGGAAGUCCCUGAUCAGGAAGUUCGUUUUCUCAGAUGGUAGUCAGCUGGGAACGAAGGAGGCGCCUCUUCUCUGAGAGAUCCACUAUUUGUAGCCUCUGCGCUGAAAUGGAACUUUAAUUAUGCCCGAGCUCAGCUUUGGAUCCUACGUGUUGCUGAUGCUGCCGCUGCUGCGUCUGAAUCGGGGUUCUUCUGUGCCUAUAUUUGGAGUUAUCUGAGCAGGCGGGUAACAUCGCGUCCAGGUCAAAUGACCGUCCAACACUCGUGAACGUGAUAAGAAUUAACUGUGACAUGGAAAAAACGGGACUCGACGGGAUCCUUUAUUAUUUCCUUAUCAACUCAGCCUGUAUGAUUUGUGCCAAUGCUACAUUUACUGAAGUCCCUAAAGAUGUGAGUGUGGGGGAAGGAGAUGAUGUUGAGAUGCCCUGCGCCUUUAAAGCUGUCAGCUCAGCACCCAUGUCUUUGGAGAUCCAGUGGUGGUACCUGAAGAAAGAUAUGUCUAAAGAUGAGCUGCAGAUCACUGCUCCAACUAACAGAGCCAAGGAUGUUUCAAGAGAAGCCACAAAAAUAAGUACUGUGCGUGUUCAGGGCAAUGCCAUCUCUCACAGCCUCAGCCUGUCCAAGGUGAAGAAAGAAGAUGAGGGCGUGUAUGAGUGCCGUGUUUCUGAUCUGUGGGCUGAUGAAAGUCAGGAAUUUAAUGUUCAUGCUACACUGCAUGUCACACUGGCUGACAGUAUGGUGGCUGAAGAGGCUGUGUCACACAUUCAGAACCGUGGAUCACUGAGGAAUACCAUCACAGCUUUGGGAGGUGCCUCAUCUUGGAGGGCCACCUCUGAGCCUAGCAAAAAUUUUGCAGGAGGUCGAAUGCCAGGGCUGGGGAAGCACCGGGUGUCUCAAGAGUCUCAGCCUGGUCUCCUGUCUCCCUUCAUAUCCACCACCUCAGUGGCCAGGUCAUCAGCUACACCCCUGUCAGGAGACGCAGGCAUCCUCAGGCAGCAGUAUGGGGCUGACUGCAGUGUGAUGAGCACCAUGGACCCGCUACUGUGCAUCACUCUCCUGUUCAUGCAUAAGCUCCUCCCAUUAUUGCUGGCCCACUGAAGAGACAUCAGGCAAACCUGUGAACCUGCAGCAUUCUUACUUUCUAUAUCAAACAGAAACCUAGCAGCACUCAAUGGUUACCAGAAAGAGGGGGACACAUUUAAUCAGUGUAUAUCUAUGGUGUUGCAUCACAUCUUUGCUAGGAGUAAAAGCAAAGCAACACAGAACGCAGGAGCUUGACACACAAAUAAAAGAGAUGGACCCCCCUCUGUCACGACAUGAUGGAGAUAAAGUCUUGAUGGCUGACAGCGGACAGGAGAAAAGAGCGUAUAAAAAUAAAACCAGCAUCACUAAUGAUCCACAGAAUCAUUCUUAUACUUACACUUAUACUUCCGGUGCCCCCCGUGUGCGGCAGCCUGUUACAGCAGCUCUGCUCAUUCCGAGUUUCUUUCUUUCUUAUCUUUUCUUCUCGUAAUUUUUCUAUAACUAACGUAUUAGUAAUUAGACUCUGCAACCAUGUUCUACCGUUUUGUGCUAGUUCUGGUCGUUUUUCUUAGUUUUUUUCUACUUUUUUCACCCGUGUGUGGGGACCCAGAGCAGGGAUCCUUUGUUUACAGUAAGGAUCAGCUGUUAGCGCUGUGUCCCACAGCAGUACUGCCAGGCGGACAGACCCGACAUUCCCAGCGAGCUGAGGAGGAAAAGACGGGGGUGUCGUGCUGGGAAGGAGCGCCGUCGCCCGAGAAGGAGACGUU